AUGACUCCUCAAGAGAGUAUCAGAGGAGUUUGGGAAAGGUUCAAAAGCCUUUUGAAGCGGUGUCCUAAUCAUGGUUUAAAUCCAACCCAUCAAGUCCUCGCAUUCUACAAGGGGUGUUUGGGAAGUCGUGCCACCUCCCCGGUUGAAAUGGAGUACUCAUCGUAUUGGGCGGUGAGGCAAUUGAACAUGGAUUUCACUAAGGCCGGCAAGGAGAGGAUGCUUCACCUCAAUCUACUUGAUGAGUUUAGGAAUGAAGCAUAUGUUAAUUCCUCCAUCUACAAGGCAAGGAUGAAAGUUCACCACGACAAGAUGAUCAAGAGGCGUGAGUUCUACCCGGGAGACGCCAUUCUACUCUUCAACCACAAGUUGAGGUUCUUUCUGGGCAAGCUGAAAUCUAAGUGGUCCGGCCCCUUCACUAUUAGAGCAUCCACAAUAGCGGAAGUCAUGAGCAAUGGAACGAUGGAGCUCUUUGGACCCGAUGGCACCACUUUCAAGGCCAAUGGUCAAAACUUGAAGAAGUUCUAUACUAGGGAGCAACAAGACGAAGUCUUUGUUGUUGGCUUGAUCGAGUAG